GCACGGUCGCUGUAUCCACGUUCUCGGCAGGAAUCAAUCAAUCAGCGAUGGCUGACGAGGAGCAGGGCCGUACGGUCGAUGAGAAAAGGCAGCCGGAGGUGUCUGCGGCCAGCAGCGAGGCCAGCGGCGGCGGGGUUGCGAGGGAGACGGGCUUCCUCGGGCGGAUGCGUGAGCUGGAGCGCCGGUUGGACCACAAGCUGGGGAUCGAGUCGGAGGCGAUUGUGCGCAAGCUGCCGGAGGAGAAGAAGGCGGUGCCAUGGCAUGAGCAGCUGUCGAUGGCGCUGCUGUGGGCCAGCGGGACGAUGAACACGUCGUGCUUCGCGACGGGGUUUCUGGGCUGGGAGCUGGGGCUGAGUCUGAAGCAGGCGAUCGUCAUCACCAUCUUCGGGUCCAUCCUCGGGGGGUCGAUCACGGGCUACUGUGCGACGUUUGGGGCGGCGACGGGCCUGCGGCAGAUCAGCGUCAGUCGGUACAGCUUCGGCUGGUGGCCCAACAAGGUGGUGGCCUUUCUCAACAGCAUCGAGCAGAUCGGCUGGGCGUCGGUGGCGUGCAUCACGGGCGGGCUGGCCCUGACCGCCGUGUCGGACGGGCAUCUGUCGUUGGUGGUGGGCAUUGUCAUCCUGGCCAUCGUCGCGCUGCUCAUCUCGCUCGUCGGCCUCAACGCCAUCCUGGUGUACGAGCGCUACGCCUGGGUCAUCUUCUUCGUCAUCUUCCUCAUCUUCUUCGGCGAGACCGGCCAGCACGCCGACAACUCCACCCCGGCCACCGUCUCCGGCAUCACCUUCAGCGGCGCCGUCCUCAGCUACCUGGCCAUCAUCUACGGCUCCAGCGCCUCCUGGGCCACCAUGGUCAGCGACUACUACGUCCACUACCCGGCCAACAUCAGCCGCGUCAAGGUCUUCCUCAUGACCACCUUCGGCAUCGCCAUCCCCACCUCCAUCGGCAUGGUCGCCGGCUGCGUCGUCGCCUCCGCCCUCAACAACAAGCCCGACUGGCUCGACACCUACGACGACAACGGCAUCGGCUACCUCAUCCGGGACAUGCUCUACCCGCGCGGCUUCGCCAAGUUCCUCCUCACCCUGCUCGUCCUGUCCGGCAUCAACGUCAACGUCAUCAGCAUCUACAGCUCCGCCAUCUCCUUCCAGCAGCUGUCCCGCCCCUUUGCCCGGGUGCCCCGCUUCAUCUGGACCAUCUUCUGCUUCCUGUGCAUCAUCGCCUUGGCCCUCGGCGGCCGCUCCAAACUCAACGACUACCUCACCGAUUUCCUCUCCCUGCUCGGCUACUGGUGCACCAGUUACGCCAUCAUCCUCUUCCAGGAACACUUCAUCUUCCGCAAGGGCAACUUCGACAACUACGACCUCGACGGCUGGAACGACCCGGACCGUCUCCCCCUCGGCAUCGGCGCCUCCGUCGCCUUCCUCCUCGGCGUCGUCUCCUGGUGCAUGGGCAUGGACGAGACCUGGUUCGUCGGGCCCCUCGCCAAGCUCAUCGGCGCUUACGGCGGCGACGUCGCCAACGAGCUCACCUUUGUCGUCACCGCCCUCUCCUACCCGCCUGCUCGUUACCUCGAGCGCAUGUACUUCGGUCGGUAGACAGUGGACUGGUAGACAUCUCGUCAUGUAUUCCUCCGUCCUCUUUCACAUGUAAUUGAUAAUGGCAGUAGCCCGUGUACACUUAUGAAAUCUCCUAGCACACAGU